AUGGGCUGUAUCAUCUCUAUAAUCCUUGUUGUCGGCGAUCUUGUCACUGUAGCAAUAGUCGGUAUAAUCCUCGGCAUCGUUGGCGGAAUCGUCUUGAUUACCGCUUUAAUUCUAGAUCUGGUUCUCGACAUCAGGUGCUUCUGGCCAUCAUACCGUCGAAAGCGCAGAGAACGCAAAGCAGCACGUAGUUCCACAGCCAAUGACCCCACUAUUAUGCUUCUCCGUGAGGACAUGCGAAUUUCCAAUACUCCGUCCUGCCAUCCUGUUGCGGUAACUGUGACAGCAAUGCCGCCCGACUGGGCCAUUCGCAUCGAACACUGA